CGGAAAGUGUGAGGGACGUCGACAGGUCACAGAUUUACAAAUCACAACACUUCGCUGGAAAAUUUUCAUGUUUUUGUAAUUAAAAUAAAAUGGGAGCAGCUUUAUCCAGCAGAACACAGUGGACAUCUGCAAGCGACAUCAACAAGGGAAAGCUGGAGUUUACACCACAAAAUGAACUGUUGCUAAACGAUGUUGUAAAAUAUGUUGAAACGCUGGUGAGCAAAUAUCCGUCAGAGUCUGAGGCCACAUUCAAGCAACCAUUUCAGUGGUAUACAAACGUCAAACCCGCAGAUUUUGGCUCGCUGAAUUUCGGUUCUCUUGGGUAUGAUAUACGUGAAGAUGGGGUGACCUCAGAAGGAAAAACACAAAAUGGAGAUCCACUUUUAAGUAUUGAAAAGGAUGCCAAUGAUAGAUUCUCCAUCAAUGUUUGGUCGUUUGAACAAAUGAACAAUGUAUUGAAAGCCGCUGGUGCGAAAAAGAUUAAGGAAGUUCAGUUGUGUCUCGAAGCUAACCGCGAUCCAUUGGAUAACAUAAUGGGCCCAGCAUUUGCUACUGUCAGUAAAAACGACAAUGCCCUGCUCAAAGCACACGAAGCCUUAUCAAAAACAGAAAACUCGGGCAACGAGGAACUUGAAAGCAGAUUUCGUUUAAUGUUGUUGAUCAACCAGCUGGAUCUGCAGCUAUUGUCUUCUUCUGUUGAUCAUAUGGCGAAGGAGACGCGAUUGACCCCACAAAUGGUUGAACGGGAAUUUGACUUGCUAAAGUCGUUCUCAGGUUAUGAAGCAUCCUGUUGUCUUGAUAGCAUUGAAUGGGUCUUAGAUUAUGAAUUUACAAAUGGUUGUCGAGCUCCACCCUGGCGUCAGGUUCACGGCGACAUCAGCUAUAUCCUCGUGAAACCGUCCGACGGCGACAGACUAUCGAUUACUGCCGGGACGUCAGGGUUUUUUGAAAACAAAGGAAAAACCGAGGGAAACGAGGUGGAUUAUGAAAGAGCUGGAGACGUAUAUCCUAGCUUAGUCGCUUUACUGAAGGAGAAAAGCCAGCAUUUUGCAAAAACUAUUUUGACAAAGGAAUUUGUGAAUCGUGAACCAGCAACAACAAACGGCGUGCAGACGUCUUCAAAUAUUGCGGCUGAAGAUGGAAACGGCAUGAAUAAUGAUGAUAAGAAUGCUGUUCAGGAUAAGAAUGAAGAAGCUCCUCGCGAGGAAUCAAAGGACAAAACUGAUGGACAAAAAAGUAUAAACAGAAUAAAAACUCCCGAAAAAAGCAAGCAGAAAUCGAGAAAGAGUAAAAAUAUUGAGCCGUCGCCAAAAUGGAAAUCUAUCGGAUUUGGAAAUGAUAUUUUGGAGAAGGAAAAUGAGAAAAAUCGACCCAAGAAAACACCAGAUAGAGCUCCUGGUUCAAGAGCUGGGAACGCCAGUAAACAGUCUUCGAGCAAGGCGCCGGCCAAAGGAGAUCUCGCGGAGGACUUUAGCGAGAGUUCGUCGGAUAGCGAGGAAGAAGAGGAAAGUCAAGAUAGAAGACAGGAAUCGAAUGCGGAUCUCCCUUCGGAAUAUUGGCAAAUACAGAAGUUGGUAAAGUACCUGAAGGGAGGCAAUCAGACGGCGACCAUUAUAGCAUUGUGUUCAAUGAGAGAUUUCAAUUUAUCGCAAGAAACGUGCCAGUUGGCCAUCAGAGAUGUCGGCGGUCUGGACGUGUUGAUAAACCUCUUGGAAACUGAUGAAAUAAAGUGCAAGAUCGGCUCGUUGAAGAUUCUCAAAGAGAUAUCAGUCAAUACAGUCAUAAGAAGGGCUAUUGCCGAUCUAGGAGGCUUGGAAACAAUGGUUAAGAUUCUUCAAUCAACGGACAAACAGCUGAAAUGCCUCGCUGCAGAAACCAUUGCACAUGUCGCGAAGUUCAGGCGCGCAAGAAGAACUGUUCGUAAAUAUGGUGGAAUAACCAAGUUGGUGAAUUUACUGGACUGCGGUCUAUUGUCAAAUGCCGCCGAACUGGACAUGAAUGUCGCCAGAGCUGGCGCUCUCGCGCUCUGGAGUUGCAGCAAGAGCACUAAGAACAAGCUCGCGAUUCGCAAAGCCGGCGGAAUCCCUUUACUAGCUAGAUUACUUAAGUCUACCAACGAAGCAAUGUUGAUUCCCGUCGUUGGUACAUUACAAGAAUGUGCAUCUGAGCAAAGUUACAGACUCGCCAUUCGGACCGAGGGGAUGGUUGAAGAUCUCGUGCGAAACUUGAAAAGCGAAAACCAAGAGUUGCAAAUGCAUUGCGCCAGCGCCAUCUUUAAGUGCGCAGAGGAUAACAAGACACGCGAUCUUGUGCGUCAGUUCGGUGGCCUCGAUCCUCUCGUGUCGCUGCUUCAAGCUGUGGAAAAUAAAGAUCUGCUAGCCGCCGCCACGGGUGCGAUAUGGAAGUGCUCCAUCACUCCUGAAAACGUUGCAAGGUUUCAAGAGUUAAAAGCAAUCGAGCAGCUUGUUGCUUUGCUGAACGACCAACCCGAAGAGGUUCUCAUCAACGUGGUAGGCGCUCUUGGCGAAUGUGCUCAGAUCCCGCUAAACAGGUCCUCCAUUCGCAAGGCAGGCGGUAUUUCACCAUUGGUUAACCUGCUAACCAGCACCAACCAGGCUCUUCUCGUGAAUGUCACCAAGGCAGUCGGUGCUUGUGCAACCGAGGCCGAUAAUAUGACUAUCAUUGAUCGUUUGGAUGGUGUCCGACUUUUGUGGUCGUUGUUGAAAUCUCCAAAUCCAGAGGUCCAGUCGAGUGCAGCCUGGGCGAUUUGUCCAUGUAUUGAAAACGCCAAGGAUGCUGGUGAAAUGGUGCGCUCGUUUGUUGGUGGUCUGGAGUUAAUCGUGAGUUUGCUGAAGUCAGAUGACAGAGAAGUUCUUGCAAGCGUGUGUGCAGCCAUCGCAAACAUCGCUAAAGACGAGGAGAACCUUGCUGUCAUCACGGAUCAUGGAGUCGUGCCAAUGUUGGCAAAACUUGCUACGACGAGUGACGAUCGUUUGAGGCAGUACUUGGCUGAUUCAAUCGCCAGAUGUUGCACGUGGGGAAAUAAUCGAGUUGCGUUUGGUCGAGCUGAGGCUGUCGCACCGUUAGUGCGCUACCUUAAGUCCCCGAAACUCGACGUACAUCGUGCCACAGCUCGUGCGCUCUAUCAACUGUCACGUGAUCCUAACAACUGCAUUGCAAUGCACAAUAGCGGUGUGGUUAAGCCCCUCAUCGCAAUGGUUGGAUCUUCAGAUGAUAUCUUACAGGAGGCGGCAGCCGGGUGCUUAGGGAACAUUCGAAGACUGGCAUUAGCCAACGAAAAAGCUAAGUACCAAUGAUGAUAGUUAUCGCAUUGUUUCGUUGUAUUUUCGAUGAUGUUAAUUUAAACGCAGUUCGUGGAUUUGAAAUUUCUCUUCUUGAUAAUGUAAAAUACUCGUAGGAUUAACGCAACGACGUCUUGUAUAUUUUUGAUGGUGGAAUAUCUGUAUAAACUGUAAUUGAAGUAAUUAAAAAAUCGCUUUAUUUUUACCAGAA